CCGAUAUAAACUUCUGCAAAUCCCAUGCUAGAUUCUGCUGAUGCUAAAGCGACCAGAUUUCAGAAGUUUGCCAAAGUCUGCUCUCUGCAUACCUAUUGUACACAGAGGACCAUACUGCACUGUUACUACAAGCUACUGAAAGAGAACCUUGAAAGGAUGACAGCCAGAAAGGGGAAAGCAAGACCCUCCAAAGGAAGAAUUUGAGCUGUUCUAUUAUUUUCUGGACCAGCUAGAGAGAACGUCUUCUUCCAGAAAAACAGAGUUGGAGGUUAAGAGAGAAACAAAUGUUUUUACCUUCCUUUGUCUACAGAACAUGGAAAACAUGUGCCCUCAGUCAUGGAUUCUGAUGUCCUUUUGCCUGCUGGCCUCUGGAACCAGUGCAGUCUUCCUCAAAGUGAACUAUUCAAGAAGCUAUCCCUGUGAUGAGAUAAGGCAGAAUGUCCUUGUCAUUGCAGAAUGCAAUCAUCGUCAACUGCAUGAAGUUCCCCAAACUAUAGGCAAAUAUGUGACAAAAGUAGACUUGUCCAACAAUGCCAUUACACAAAUAACAAAGGAGUCCUUUCAAAAGCUGCAAAAUCUCACAAAAAUCAAUCUGAACAACAAUGCCAGACAACAGUACCCAAAUGAAAAUAAAAAUGGUAUGAAUAUUACAGAAGGGGCAUUCCUCAGCCUAAGAAAUUUAAGAGUGUUACUGCUGGAAGACAACCAGAUAUAUACUAUGCCUGCUGGGUUGCCUGAGUCUUUGAAAGAACUUAGCCUAAUUCAAAACCAUAUAUUUCAGGUAACUAAAAACAACACUUUGGGGCUUAGGAACUUGGAAAGACUCAGUUUGGGCUGGAACUGCUAUUUUAAGUGUAAUCAAACCUUUAAGGUGGAAGAUGGGGCAUUUAAAAAUCUUAUAAACUUGAAGGUACUCUCAUUAUCUUUCAAUAACCUUUACUAUGUACCUCCUAAACUACCAAGCUCUCUAAGGAAACUUUUUCUGAGUAAUGCCAAGAUCAUGAGCAUCACUCAGGAUGACUUCAAAGGACUGGAACAAUUAACAUUACUAGAUUUGAGUGGAAACUGCCCAAGGUGUUUCAAUGCCCCAUUUCCUUGCAUUUCUUGCAGAAACUCAUCCAUCCACAUACAUCCUCUAGCUUUUCAAAGUCUCACCCAACUUCACUAUCUAAACCUCUCCAGCACUUCCCUCCAGACAAUUUUUUCUACCUGGUUUGACAAGCUGACAAAUCUGAAGGAACUCCACCUUGAAUUCAACUAUUUAGUUCAAGAAAUCGCCUCGGGAGCAUUCUUAACAAAACCACCCCGUUUACAAAUCCUUGAUCUGUCCUUCAAUUUUGAAUAUAAGAAAUAUUUACAAUGUAUUACUAUUUCCCCAAACUUCUCUAAGCUUCAUUCUCUCAAGAAGUUGCACUUAAAAGGCUAUGUGUUCCGAGAACUUAAAAAGGAACAUUUCGAGCACCUCCAGAACCUGCCAAACUUAACGACCAUUGACUUGGGCAUUAACUUUAUUGAGAAAAUUGAUUUCAAAGCAUUCCAGGAUUUCCCCAAACUCAAUGUUAUUUACUUAUCAGGAAAUAGCAUAGCAUCCAUAGUAGAUGGUACAGACUACUCCUCUUGGCGACAUCAGCUUCGGAAACCUCUCUCAACAGACUAUGACGAGUUUGAUCCACAUGAGAAUUUUUACCAUAGUACCAAGCCUUUAAUAAAGCCACAGUGUACUACUUAUGGCAAGGCCUUGGAUUUAAGUUUGAACAAUAUUUUCUUUAUUGGUAAAAGUCAAUUUGAAGGUUUUCAGGACAUCGCCUGCUUGAAUCUGUCCUUCAAUGCCAAUGGUCAAGUGUUCAAUGGUACAGAAUUCUCAUCCAUGCCCCACAUUAAAUAUUUGGAUUUAACCAACAACAGACUAGACUUUGAUGAUAACGACAUGGCUUUCAGUGACCUUCAUGAUCUAGAAGUGCUGGACCUGAGCCACAACGCACACUAUUUCAGUAUAGCAGGGGUAACACACAGUCUAGGAUUUAUCAAGAACUUAAUAAACCUCAAGGUGUUAAACCUGAGCUACAAUGGCAUUUACACUCUCACAAAUGAAAGUGAGCUGCAAAGCAAAUCCCUGAAUGAAUUAGUUUUCAGUGGAAAUCGCCUUGACCAUUUGUGGAACGCAAAUGAUGGCAAAUACUGGCACAUUUUUAAAAGUCUCCAGACUCUGACACGCCUGGACUUAUCAUACAAUAACCUUCAACAAAUCCCAAAUGAAGCAUUCAUCAACUUGCCCCAGAGCCUCCAAGAGUUACAUAUCAAUGGUAACAGAUUACGUUUCUUUAAUUGGACAUUACUCCAGUAUUUUCCUCACCUUCACUUGCUGGACUUAGCAGGAAACGAGUUGUAUUUUCUAACCAAUUGCCUAUCUAAGUUUACACAUUCCCUGAAAACACUGCUGCUGAGCCACAAUCAUUUCUCUCACCUACCCUCUGGUUUCCUCUCUGAAGCCAGGAAUCUGGUGCACCUGGACCUAAGUUUCAACACAAUAAAGAUGAUCAAUAAAUCCUCCCUGCAAACCAAGACAAAGACAAACUUGUCUGUUCUAGAGAUACAAGGGAACCGUUUUGACUGCACAUGUGACAUAAGUGAUUUUCGAAGCUGGCUAGAUGAAAAUCUGCAUAUCACAAUUCCUAGAUUGGUAGAUGUCAUUUGUUCCAAUCCUGGGGAUCAAAAAUCAAAGAAUAUCAUGAGUCUAGAUCUCACGACUUGUGUGUCAGAUACGUUUGCAGCUGUCCUGUUCUCCCUCACAUUCCUUACCACCUCCAUGGUUAUAUUGGCUGCUCUGGUUCACCAUCUGUUUUACUGGGAUGUUUGGUUUAUCUAUCACAUGUGCUCCGCUAAGUUAAGAGGCUACAGGUCUUCAUCCACAUCCUGAACUUACUAUGAUGCUUACAUUUCUUAUGACACCAAAGAUGCAUCCGUUACUGACUGGGUAAUCAAUGAGCUGCGCUACCAUCUUGAAGAGAGCGAAGACAAAAGUGUCCUCCUUUGCUUAGAGGAGAGGGAUUGGGAUCCAGGAUUACCCAUCAUCGAUAACCUCAUGCAGAGCAUAAAGCAGAGCAAGAAAACAAUCUUUGUUUUAACCAAGAAAUAUGCCAAGAGCUGGAACUUUAAAACAGCUUUCUACUUGGCCUUGCAGAGGCUAAUGGAUGAGAACAUGGAUGUGAUUAUCUUCAUCCUCCUGGAACCAGUGCUACAGUACUCACAAUACCUGAGGCUUCGGCAGAGGAUCUGUAAGAGCUCCAUCCUCCAGUGGCCCAACAAUCCCAAAGCAGAAAACUUGUUUUGGCAAAGUCUGAAAAAUGUGGUCUUGACUGAAAAUGAUUCACGGUAUGACAAUUUGUACAUUGAUUCCAUUAGACAAUACUAAUGCUGGUAAGUCUUGACUCCGCCAUCAUGAAAACACACAACUUCUCUUUACAACAAACUGUGGCAAAUGAAAAGGCACAUGGCUGCUUGAGGUGCUGAGAAUAAGUGACAAUUGGGUGGAUGAGGGAGCUGGAAAAGUGUGUGACCUAGAAGACAGGGAGAGGGCUGAAAAAUGCUCUUCUGGGCAUGACAGCCACUGCAACUGCAAUCAUACAGCAGCUACGGUUGCCUACAGUGAGCCAGCACAAGACUGGGCCUCUUAUCAGUCAAUUAUGGAUGGGGGCCAAUCCCAUAAAACUAUACUCUAUCUUUCUUGGGGGGCAGGUCUCCUCUACACCAUCUUUCUGUACUAUUGGCUAUUAGUGAGUCCUGAGAAAGAGGCAAUCAUUACCUUCAGUUGUGUACCAAUUGAUGAGCCCAGAUUCAAUAGAUGGUUCAAAACCCAUGGUUACACAGAAAGCCCUGGUAAAGUCAAUGCACUAGAAGACAAAGCAAAAAGGCUGAACACGAGAAAUAGUCUUGUAAGGAGGUGGGUAGGUUGGCAGCAGGAGAGAGGAGAUAGGAAAGGUGGGCAUGAGAGUAGCCAGAAUGCAUGUGUCUCUCUCAGAGACUUCACUCUGGGAUCCACUCCCAAGCUCACCCCCAUGCAGUUGUCAUCAAGAUUCAGCUUCUGCUGUGUGUUAGCCAAAGGCUGCUCUCAGCUCCCUGCUAUGUGUAUCCCUUUCCCAAGGCAGCUUGUUUCAUCAAGGCCAGUGAGAGGGGACACAGAGGUUAACAACAAGAAUCAGUCUUCUGGAAGUGACUCAGAAAAUGAUACCCUACCAUUGCAGCUGUAUUCUAUUUGGUAAAAGUCAACAGCAAAUCUUACCAGCUCCAGGCACCAAGUACCUCAGGUUCAGGGAAAGCUAUUGAAAACCAGGGUAAUAGAUCUAGGGGCCCCUCAGCUAAGGGGAAAGAGUGUGACUGAGAUAAUUGUCUGAGUCAAUUGUUAUCCAUUUCUUUGGACUGAAAUUAAGAGACAGCUGCCAUGUUGGUUGCAGAUCAUCAACACUAGGAAGGUCAAAUCACAUGGGCAAUCUUAACAGGCAGCUUAUUAUACCUACUUUUCAAUCCCUAAGAGCAUUUGCCACUGUAUCUAAAGAUCUUGACAUUAAGAUGCUGGUGAAGUUGAUAUAUCCAUAGCUAUGGGAUUAUACUACAUUGUAAUUGCAUUAAUCUUUCUUUUACAAUGACAUUUUAAAAUAAGUUUUGACGUUAUAAUAUAAUUAAUUACAUUACUUCCUCCUCUUUCCUCUCUCCAAACCUUUUCAUGUGCCCCACUCUGACUUUUACAAAUGCUGCCUACAAUAUUUACUUUUUAAGCUUUUGAUGUCACUUAAGCACUGAAAAGGAUAGUUUUUAAAAGCCCUUUAAUUCUUAAUCAUUUUAAAGGUAUUCAUUUAAAUGGAAAGUUUUGGGGUAUUUGUUAUUUCCCAUUGGUGUAUACUUUCAAGUGAAUGAUUAAAAUGUCUUCAUUUUACAUGACAAAUGUGUGAUGAAUCUGAACUAGAAAAACAGAACUCUAAUAUAAAAGUUGUCAUUUGCACUGA